CGGGAAGAGACCGGCCGGUCCGGAAGUUCCUGGGCCCUUCUCACGGGAAUCUGACCGGGGAUGUUGAAGUGAGUCCCUCUUCCCGGCCACCCCGUUCAUCCACGCGGGACCGGAUUACCAUGCUGGACGCAGCCACGCAUCACAGGUGGCUUGACAUCCAGGCUGAAACCGUGAAGGGAACAUAUUCGUCGCUUUGCGAUGUUAUUUAGGUGAGCGGAAAGGAGGUGCUGAACGGUGGCGGCGGCGGCCAUGCACCCCGGCCCGCCAAUUAACCAGCCGAGCCGCCGCAGGCCUCGCCGUCGCCAGCAUCCUCGCCAUCAGCAGCUCCAACAAGAGCGCAACCUGCAGCGCGCCUUCCUGGUGCUGCUGCUACUGGCCAGCAUCGGGGUCGCGGCUCGGGCCGAGCCGUCGGAAUCACCGACGGCUCCGGCGGCUUGCCAGCAAGCGUUUCAUAAAAAUCUGUGGUCGGCCAGCAAUGACACGGCUGUCCAACCGCGCAACUUGACAAUCGGCUACCUUACAGCGAUUAAGGGUGGCCUAAAGGACCGUCAGGGUCUUGCCAUUUCCGGCGCUUUGACCAUGGCCCUCGACGAGAUUAACAAUGAUCCAAACAUUUUGCCAAAUGUGAGACUGGUAAUGCGAUGGAGCGACACAAGAGGAGAAACUGUCGAAGCUACAAGAGCGAUGAUCGACAUGAUCUGCGACGGGGUCGUAGCCUUCUUCGGGCCGGAAGGUUCUUGUUACGUCGAGGCCAUAGUUUCCGAGUCUCGCAACAUACCGAUGCUUAGUUACAAAUGCUCGGACUACAAGGCCUCGAAGGUGAAGACCUUCGUGAGGACUGAGCCGCCGGACACGCAGGUAACUAAGUCGGUGAUCACCCUGCUGCUACACUACGGAUGGAACAAAUUCACGAUCGUGACCGAGCGCGCCUGGUCGACGGUCGCUCGUUCGCUUCAGGAACAGGCGACUAAGAACAAUCUCACCGUGAACCAUUACAAGACCGUCGAGGACCGGCACACGUGCUGCGAGGACAGACUGCCGUGCUGUCAAGUCAGCGUAUGGUUCCAACUUAUACAGGAGACGAAAAAUAUGACCCGCAUUUACAUCUUCCUGGGCACGCCAAUGUCACUAAUAGAUAUGAUGAAUUCAAUGCAAGGCCAAAGGCUCCUAGAUAACGGGGAGUACAUGGUAAUACACGUGGACAUGAUGACGUAUUCCCAACGUGAAGCACAGAAGUACUUGUGGAAACCGGAGCAUUUCGAUAAUCUGAAGAAUUGUCUCGAGCCGAAGGAUUUUCUGAAGAGAGCACGUUCACUGAUGGUCGUCGUGUCGACACCGCCGACGCAAAAUUACGAAGACUUUACUAAGAAGGUCCGAGACUACAAUAGCAUAGAGCCCUUCAACUUCCUAGUUCCCGAGCUUCUGAGAAAGUAUGAAAAGUACGUGUCCAUUUACGCUGCGUAUCUCUACGAUUCUGUCAAGCUAUACGCGAGAGCCUUGGAUCAGCUAAUACGAGAUUACCCGGAUGUCUCUGUCGAGGAACUGGCCAAAAACGGCACUCUUAUAACCGAGAUGGUUCUCAAGAAUCGUACAUAUCAAAGUGUGAGUGGGGCAACCAUUAAAUUGGAUCCAUCUGGAGACUCGGAGGGAAACUUUUCAGUGCUUGCUCUGAAAAAAGAACCGUUCCGUGUCCAUAAUUUCUCUUGUGACUACCAGAUGAUGCCUGUAGGCCAAUUCCAGCAGGCUGACACUCUUCUAGUAUACAAGUCUUGGCCAGGCGCUAUGGAUUGGCCCGGUAAAAAUAAGCCAGAAGCAGAACCUGGUUGCGGUUUUCUCAAUGAACACUGUCCAAAGGAUGACACGCAUCUCCGCAGUAUCAUCGUCGCUGCAGCACUGGCUGUUUUGCUGUUUUGCGCCACAGUAAUCACUAUGAGCAUAUAUCGAAGAUGGAAGAUAGAACAAGAGAUAGAAGGAUUACUUUGGAAGAUUGAUCCGAACGAGAUACACGGUUAUCCCCAUCUUGAUAAUAUGAUGUCCUCCCCUAGCAAGUUAAGUUUAGUUAGUGCAAUGUCCUACGAGUCAAGAUGCGGCGGCCAAGUGUUUGCGCAAACUGGACAUUAUCACGGUGUAAUGGUACGGAUAAAGGAACUGAAAUUCUCAAAGAAAAAAGACAUUUCACGGGACGUUAUGAAGGAGAUGCGCAUUCUCCGUGAAAUUAGACAUGGUAAUCUCAACUCUUUCAUCGGAGCCUGCGUGGAGCCGAUGAGGAUAUUGUUAAUUACCGACUAUUGUGCCAAAGGAAGUCUUUAUGACAUCAUUGAAAAUGAAGAUAUAAAAUUAGAUGAUAUGUUUAUUGCAUCGUUAAUUCACGAUCUCAUUAAAGGUAUGCUGUAUAUCCAUGAAUCCUGUCUACUAGUCUGUCACGGUAAUCUAAAAUCGUCAAAUUGUGUCGUGACCUCACGUUGGAUAUUGCAAGUGUCGGAUUUUGGUCUUCACGAUAUGCGUCACUGUGCCGAAUCUGACAGCAUCGGUGAACAUCAGUAUUAUCGAAGCUUAUUUUGGAAAGCCCCCGAGUUAUUAAGAAACUCGCAUGCUCCGAUCAAAGGCACUCAGGCAGGAGAUAUUUAUUCUUUCGCCAUUAUUCUAUAUGAAAUUCUUGGACGCAAAGGACCGUAUGGAAAUAUAAAUUUAGAACCCAAAGAUAUCAUAGACCGAGUGAAAAGAUUCCCGGAAGAUGGUGAACCGCCGUUUAGGCCCAACUUAAACAUACUCUCCGAGUCGAAAGCAAAUUGUGAUUAUGUCGUUAGCACUAUUACGGACUGUUGGGCGGAAAGUCCAGAAUUUAGGCCAGACUUCAAAACGAUAAGGACCAGAUUGAAGAAAAUGAAAGCUGGAUGGCAUCGAAAUAUAAUGGAUCAAAUGAUGGAUAUGAUGGAGAAGUACGCGAGUAACCUUGAAGAUCUAGUCACCGAACGCACGGGACUUCUCUUAGAUGAAAAAAAGAAAACUGAAGAUCUGCUUCACAGAAUGUUACCCAAACCUGUUGCGAAUUGUUUAACAAACGGUAUUGGGGUAGAACCGGAAGCUUUUGAUUCAGUUACGAUAUACUUUAGCGAUAUCGUUGGUUUUACUGCAAUGUCAGCAGAAAGCACACCAUUUCAGGUUGUAAAUUUCUUAAAUGAUUUAUAUACAUUAUUUGACCGUAUAAUCAGAGGAUAUGAAGUGUAUAAAGUAGAAACGAUCGGAGAUGCAUACAUGGUCGUUUCCGGUCUUCCAAUAAGAAAUGGCGAUCAGCAUGCUGGACAAAUAGCAUCAAUGUCACUGGAAUUACUUAAUGCUGUUAAGCAUCAUACGAUACCUCAUCGGCCUCAAGAAACUCUGAAGUUACGUAUCGGCAUUCAUACCGGUCCUGUAGUAGCAGGUGUUGUCGGUUUGACGAUGCCUAGAUAUUGUUUAUUCGGAGACACCGUCAAUACUGCUUCUCGUAUGGAGUCUACCGGAGAACCGUUGCGAAUCCACAUCAGCAAGCAAUGCAAAGAGGCAUUAGAUAAGAUCGGAGGUUAUAAGAUCGAAGAUCGAGGCUUCGUUGAAAUGAAAGGAAAAGGAACAGUGAAGACUUACUGGCUCACGGGAGCUACUGUGACGCACAGAAAGAAUAUAGAGAACUGUAACGGGGAUGAAGAUCUUCCACCGCUGUUCUGCAGACCGCGGAAAAGCCCGAAGCUAAAUCCAGACUCACGAUACGCAUCGCUACUAGAUGGAUUAGGUGCCGGUAGUCGCAGGCAAUCAUAUGUACCAUAUCCAACAGCAGACGACGCUUCUUCGCAGUGUGGUGGAUCUAGUCCAGUUCCGCGAUCGUUGCACGCUCGCAAGCUCGAAAGAUCUCCCCUAUCUCUGACUGAAAGCGUCUCAAAGACCACACUUGAUAAUGUUUCAAUUCAGGAAGAAGAAGAGCAAACGCGCUUAGAUAUCAAGUCAGUCGAUGACUUGUUUAUAAGCACAAGGCCAAAACUUAGAAAAAACGCGCGUGCAUUAUCUACCAAUGCAUCCUCGUCGUCAUCGAGCGACAAUCCAUUCCAGAUUUAUGUUAUACAUGGAUCCCGUUCACUUGAUCCGCUUCCCGUUGAUACAUUGUCUAACAAACGGUUCUAUUCACCGAACCGUUUCUGGAAGGAGAACGAGCGGAUCAGUUCAAAAGCAGAUUGUGCUGAAAAAUUGCUGAAUAACAACUAUUCGAAUGGUAACAUAAUAAUGUCUCACACCGAUAAUCCCCCGAAUGAAGCAGAUCCACUGUUAGGGGAUGACAAUGUGGACAAGAGAGAAAUACAAGGGAAGCGUUCGCGCUCGCACUCGCUGGAUCAGGUGGUAUCUGCAUCUAGCAUGGACAAUGUACCUGAUAAAAAAUCCUCCCCGCGAAAAUUGUUAGAAAUUCCGCCUGUUUCAACUAUUAUACAGAUGUUCAACGGGAAUGGAUUGCGCAACAGCAAUGUUUCUUCAAGAAAAGGAAUAUUAACAGGGUAUGAUAAGCAAAAUGAACGCGAAAGUGUGGUCUAGUUUCGCAUUCAAGAAAAAAUUUUUUUUUCUAUGUAACGUACUAAGUAAUAGAAUCGCGAGAAAUAGAAUCACGUGUAAAACUAUGCGCUGUCAGAUGCAUAAACUAUUCGAAACAUUACAUUUACGAAUCAUAAGCAUGAUUUAUUGUUGCCAUCUUUUUUUCUAGCUUAGAUAUGUGCAAUUUAUGUAUAUGAAAGUUACCGACUACACUGUAUAUAUUUUUAAUAUUAUUUAGGUAUUUUUUAAUUCUUCUAUUAAGUGUGUGCAUUGAGGCGACGUAAAAACAACUUUUACGUGAUACAGGACUGCUCUUCUGUUCUUUUCUCUUUGUUAAGAUUUUUAAUUCGAAUGUAUAACAGCAAACUAUUUUAUAAAAAUCAUGACCAAAGUACACCACGGACACUUAAUUCAUCUGACAAUUCAUUCCGUUAGUAUGAAAAAGGAAGUAGGCAUCGCGUGUAGUCGAUGUCAGAAUGGUUGAUACUUUUAUUUUGUAGGUAACUUUUAUAAUUUUAUUUUUACGUGAAUCGAGAAAAUAAUGAUAAUUAUAUUGAGAUUUAUAUAGCAGUAAAUCUGUAAAAGUUACCUAAUAAACGAAAAAUUCCUCGAGCAUUCCAAUAUCGACUAUACAUAAACACGCGCGUAUAAAAUCAAACAUGUAGCACAUGAAUGUAUAAGACGUGUAUGUGUAUGUGUAUAUAUAUAUAUAUAUACAUAUAUAUAUGUACAUAUAAAAUACGUAUAUUAGCACACAUGUAUAUCUGUAAUAUCUGUAUGUCUAUACUUGUUCAUUGAAGGAAAUAAAUUGUCCGUAUGGCUGUGAGAAGUAAA